AUGAAUGGGCCCAAUGGAGUCAAUGGACUCACCGGUAUGCAAGACACGACGGGAGUCAACAUCUUCUGGGACUACACGCCUAUGGAGACGUCGGACCUUUUGGAAAAGAUAAGAACAUACAAAUACUAUUUGCCGUUUGGAGACAGGCUUAAUGCAUCUUAUACCAUAUGGUUACACACUUUUGGAAUCCCACCGCCAGUGCCGAAGAGCCAACUGCGGCCUGCUUUGCCCGCGCCUGAGAACCAAUCUCCGUCCUUCGCCAAAUUCUUCUACCGAGAACACUUCGCGACGGCAAGGCGGACACAGACAGAGAUGAACGAGUUUCGAAAGGCGAACAACGUCACCGUCAGAGGACGAGCAGUUCCGACUCCCAUUCUACGACUGUACGAAGCCAACUUCCCAGAAUGCGUUGCCGAAGCCGCAUACGUGCUCGACUACGGUCCUCUCACCGCCCUGCAGUCGCAGUGCUGGCCCGUGGCACUCCACGGCAGGGACCUCCUCGCCAUCAUACACAGCCGAACCGAAGCCAGCGAGCAGGCCUACCUUCUUCCGGCCGUUGUCCACGUCAUGAACCAGCCAAAGCCAUCGACUGGCAAAGGUCCCGUUGUGCUCGUACUCAUUCCGACACGCGAGGGGGCGGAGAAAGUUCAACGGCUGGUUUCGGACUUGCAGAAGUACACCCAUGUUCAUUCGGUAUGCCUGUGCUCGGGUGAUUGGAAGGAAAGGCAGCUGAAGAGGCUUAAGAAGGCGAGUUACGGAAUUUGGAUCGCGACGCCUAGCCGUCUCCUCUCGUUCUUGGAGGACGGGAAGGUGAACAUUAGCAGCUGUACGCUUGUGGUGCUGGAUGAAGCUGACCGAAUGCUGGCGAUGGGCUUCGAGAAAACGCUUCGCGCCGUCGCGGCCCUCCUCCGACCAGAUCGCCAGACGCUCAUACUGGCCAACUCUGGAUCGAGAAAUGUUGGUGACCUUGCCGAUUACUUGCUCAAGGACUACGUCCAGGUUAGCAUCGGGCACAGUAAGCUCGUAGAGAACCAGCGGAUCGAGCAGACAGUCAUUGUCUACGAAAAAGCACGGAAACUGGACCGGCUCGUUGUCUUGUUAGAGGAUAUCCUCAGGGAGAAAGAGGACAAGGUCAUCAUUUUUGUCGAGACUAGGUUGAGGGCGGAUGAGACCGUGCUCGAGUUAAGGCUCCGCGACUGGUCCGCCGUCGGCAUCCACGGCGGGAAGACGAGGGACGAGCGACGGUGGGCGCUGGACGUGUUCAAGUCGGACUCUUUGAACAUUCUGGUGGUGACCGACGUUGCAUCUCAGCUGCUGGACGUUGACCGCGUGCGCUUCGUCGUCCACUACGACCGACCGGCGAGCUCGGACAUCUAUGUGAACCGCGUGAACUACGCGUCGCUCUGCGACGGAUCAGGAACGGCGUACGCCUUCCUAGAUCCGGACGACGCGCGUCACGCAAAGGAGCUCGUCUGCCACCUUCAAGACGUCGGCCAGGAGGUUCACCCCCGACUUUUUGAAAUCGCCGAGAGUGCAUCGCGUUGUGACAGACGCAAAACUGCACGCUUCUCCAAGUGA